AAAGCCAGGUCCAAAAAAAACUCAACAAGUUUUGGACUUCUUUAACUCAUUCCUUCCCUCAUCAUGGCUCUCAAACAAGUUUUCAUCGUCGCCGCCAAGAGAACACCUAUUGGUGCUUUUGGUGGAAAGCUCAAGGAUUUGACCGCAUCUGAACUCGGUGGUUAUGCUUCCAAGGCUGCUUUGGCCACUCUUCCUUCAAACUUGCCUGUUGACUCUGUCAUCUUUGGUAACGUUCUCCAAACCGACGUUGCUGGCGCUUACUUGGCUCGCCACGUCGGACAUCGCGCUGGAUUGCCCGUCGGUGUUCACGCUCUGACUGUAAACCGACUUUGCGGUUCGGGUUUCCAGAGUUUGAUCAACGGUGCCCAGGAGAUCCAGUUGGGCGAGAGUGAUGUUGUUCUCACCGGUGGUGCCGAAAGCAUGUCUUUGGCCCCUUACACCUUGUCUGGUCAGUCCCGCUGGGGAACUCGUCUCGGCGUUGAUCUGACUCUCAAGGAUUCUCUCUGGACUGCUCUUACUGACCAGUACCCUAACCCAACUCCCAUGGGUAUUACUGCCGAGAACCUUGCUGAGAAGUAUGGUAUUACCAAGGAUGAGUGUGAUGCAUACGCGCUUCUUAGUCAGCACCGUUAUGAGAAGGCUGCUGCUGCUGGCGUUUAUGACGCAGAAAUUGAGGGCAUUGAGAUCAAGGGCAGAAAAGGACCUGAGCUUGUUUCCAAGGAUGAGCACCCCCGCUCUGGUAUGACCAUUGAGAACCUUACCAAGCUUAAGCCUGUGUUCAAGAAAGGUGGUGUCACCAGUGCCGCCAACUCAUCUGGCAUCAACGACGGUGCUGCUGCUGUUGUGAUUGCAAGUGAGGAUGCUAUUCUCAAACACGGUCUUACUCCACUCGCACGCGUCGUAAGCUGGCAGUCUUCGGGCGUUGAGCCCACCUUGAUGGGUAUUGGACCCGUGCCUGCCAUCAGAGGCGCCCUUGCCCGCGCCAAGCUCACUCUUGACCAGAUGGAUAUUGUCGAAGUCAAUGAGGCCUUUGCCGCCCAGUACCUUGCUGUCGAAAAGGAGCUUGGCUUGGUUCGUGAAAAGACUAACGUUAAUGGCGGUGCCAUUGCAAUCGGUCAUCCUUUGGGUGCCUCAGGUGCUCGUAUCUUGACCCACCUUACACACGCACUCCAGCGCACACAGUCUAAAUACGCCAUUGGCUCAGCCUGCAUUGGUGGUGGACAGGGUAUCGCUGUUGUAUUGGAGCGUGUUUAAAGAGGUUGACGGAUUAGAUUGUUUUUUUUUUCUUAUUCUUAAAUAAAUAAAUAUAUAAAUAUAUAUAUUUAUAUGUAUGUAAUUAUAAUUAUUAUUUUUAUAAAAGCAUGAUGAAUGGUACUUAUUGAUACAAU